CCCAGAAGCACCUCUACAUUGCUUAUCACCAUGGUCCUGAAGCAAAGCAAACCGCGCGAAUCGCUGACGGUCGUCGACAACAGGACCAACCAGGUCUACGAGAUUCCCAUCACUCACAAUUCCAUCCCGGCGACGGAAUUCAAAAAGAUCAAGGCCGAACCCACAAAUGAUCGGCCAGAGGAUGAAACAUCACAAGGCCUCAGGGUCUAUGAUCCCGCCUACAUGAACACUGCUGUCGUCCAGAGCAAGAUCACCUACAUCAACGGUCAGGAUGGCGUCCUCCGAUACCGAGGAUAUCCGAUUGAGCAGUUGGUCGAAAAGAGCAACUUUCUCGAGUCUGCUUAUCUCCUCAUCUACGGCGAGCUUCCCACCAAGGCUCAGUACGAUGACUGGCAUGGCGAGGUGAUGCAUCAUACCUACAUCCAUAGCGACAUUGAAAACAUGUUCAAGUCGUUCCGCUAUGACUCUCAUCCCAUGUCCAUGCUGACCGCGGCAUUCGCUACACUGGGAGCCUUUGCCCCUGAAGCCAAUCCCUCCCUUGCCGGUCAGAAACUCUACACCAACGCUGCUUCCGGCAAUAUGGAGGCUCUCAAGGUGCUGGACAAGCAGAUUCUCCGGAUCCUCGGGAAAGCCCCCACGUUGGCGGCAGCAUCGUACAGAAUGCGCCAGGGUCGACCCUUUAACCGGCCAGCACAGGGCUUGUCAUACACUGGAAACUUUCUGUACUUACUGGACAACCUAUCCGAGCCUGAUUACCAACCGCACCCUGUUCUUGCCAAGGCUCUGGACAAGCUAUUCAUCAUUCAUGCCGACCACGAGGUCAACUGCUCUACUGCCACAGUCAUGCAAGUAGGAAGCUCUCUGGUGGAUCCAUACAGCGUUGUCGCUGCCGGAUGCGCGGCACUCUACGGUCCAUCCCACGGGGGAGCCUCAGAGUCGGCAAUCAGAAUGCUCAUCGAGAUUGGGUCUCCCGAGAACGUCCCGGCGUUUAUGCAGGCUGUGGAGAGGAGAGAAAGGGUUCUCGUCGGAUUCGGUCACCGCGUCUACAAGAACGUCGACCCACGCUCAACAGCCAUCCGCAAGCUGGCCGAAGAAGUUUUCCAAGUCACCGGCAGGAACAAGCUCCUCGACACAGCUCUGACGCUUGCCGACUACGCCAGAAAGAGCGAGUUUAUGCGAAGCAGGAAUCUGUACCCCAACGUUGACUUUUACUCUGGCCUGAUUUACCAGGCCAUGGGCUUCCCGCUUGACUUUUACCCCGUUCUGUUUGCUGUCCCGAGAUGCGUGGGCUGGCUUGCGCAUUGGAGGCAGAUGAUGCUGAACCCAUCGGGUGUAAAGAUCUGGAGGCCGAGACAGCUGUAUGUAGGAGAGGGAGAGAGAGAUUACGUCGAGACGGAGGAUAGGAAGGGAAAGGCGGCCACUGUAUUUGAUGCCCCGGUUCGGGUUGAACAUGGUGGUAAUAGCAAGCGAACCCUCCUUGCUACCUCUGAUGAGCUUAAGAGUAAGCUGUAGGCCUUGGAUGGGAUUUAUUAUGUAUGUUAAUGGAGUACGAUGUUUUACAGCAUCGGGUUUGAUACUGCUGUGUUUUAAAUCCCCUUAUUUACUACUUGAGCUUAUUUACCUAGUUAUUUACCUGGUUAUUUACCUGGUUAUUUACCUGGUUAUUUACCUGGUUAUUUACCUGGUUAUUUACCUGGUUAUUUACCUGGGUUAUUUACCUGAGUUAUUUGCGUAGGUACACAUAUAAGAAAGAAGUAAAUAAGGUAAAUAAAUAUAUAAAUAUUGGUCUUUU